GUUUCCCCGCUUUGCUAACGCGCAUGCGCCGUUAAGUGACAUUUGAAUGACAGAAAUGCCGUCGUUUCAGCUCUAAAGAGGAGUUGUAAUGCCCUUCAGGAUGAGGACUCUGGGGGCUUUUGCGGUGGGGCCCCUCCGACCGCCUCUGCGCUGGCUCCAGGCGAGACGCUGCUCUGCCCGGGCUGACGGAGAGGCUCCUGCGGGGCCCAGGAGGAGGACAGCGGGCAGCCUCAGCGCUCAGGUGGGUUCUGGUCCAAGUUUUCAGGACUUCAUCAGAAGAGUUUCUGUGAAAAAACCUGCGAUUGAAAAAGAAGAUCUCUCCGAAAAUCCGAAUUAUUUGCCUGAGGAUCUGCAGGAGGGAAACUCCAGGAAAGUUUAUUUUGAAACCUACGGCUGUCAGAUGAACGUGAACGACACGGAGAUCGCUUGGUCCAUUCUGCAAAAGAAGGGUUAUGAGCGCACAGCUCAGCUUAGUGAGGCAGACGUGGUUCUUCUAGUGACCUGCUCCAUCAGAGAAAAGGCGGAGCAGACGAUUUGGAACAGACUGAAACAGCUGACGGCCAUGAAGAACAAGCGCAUGAAGACGCCCUCUCCAAUGAAAAUUGGCGUUUUGGGCUGCAUGGCAGAGAGACUGAAAACGGAGCUGCUGGAGCGAGAGAAGUUGGUGGACGUUCUCGCCGGUCCGGACGCGUACCGGGACCUCCCCCGCCUGCUUGCUGUGGCCGAGGGAGGCCAGCAGGCCAGCAACGUGCUGCUGUCCCUGGAGGAGACGUACGCCGACGUGAUGCCCGUGCAGCUGGCCCCGCAGGGCCACAGCGCCUUCGUGUCCAUCAUGAGGGGCUGUGACAACAUGUGCAGCUACUGCAUCGUCCCCUUCACCAGGGGGAGGGAGAGGAGUCGGCCAAUCGGCUCCAUCCUGGAGGAAGUUCGAAUCCUGUCCGACCAGGGCGUGAAGGAGGUGACGCUGCUGGGUCAGAACGUGAACAGCUACAGAGACACAUCAGAGGAGCAGUUCUGCAGCUCCGACCCGACCAGGCUGAGCCGUGGCUUCCAGACCGUCUAUAAGCCUAAGCAGGGCGGCCUGCGCUUCUCCGACCUGCUGGAACGAGCCUCAAGGGUCAAUCCCCACAUGAGGAUCCGGUUUACCUCCCCACAUCCCAAAGAUUUCCCUGACGAGGUUCUGGAGCUAAUUGCAGAGCGAGAAAACAUCUGUAAACAGAUCCACCUACCAGCUCAGAGCGGCAGCAGUCAAGUCCUGAAAGCAAUGCGUCGUGGCUACACAAGAGAGGCGUAUUUGGACCUUGUGCGGAACAUCAAGCAGAUGAUUCCAGGUGUGAGCCUCAGCAGUGACUUCAUCUCGGGGUUCUGUGGAGAAACGGAGGAUGACCACCAGCAAACGCUCUCUCUCAUCCGGCAGGUGGGCUACAACGUGGGCUUCCUGUUUGCCUACAGCAUGAGAAAGAAGACGCAGGCCUUCCAUCGGCUGCAGGACGACGUGCCAGCAGAGGUGAAGCGGCGCAGGCUGGAGGAGUGCAUAAGUGUGUUCAGGCAGGAAGCGCUGAGGGUGAACGCCGCCCUCAUUGGAAGCUCACAGCUGGUGCUGGUGGAGGGUGAAAGUAAAAGAUCUGCAGAGGAGCUGUGUGGGAGAACUGACGGAAACAUGAGGGUGGUUUUCCCUAAAGAAGAGCCUGCAGGCGGCAGCAGCGAGGCGAUCACAGCGGGAGACUACGUACGGGUGAAGAUCCUGUCGGCCAGUUCUCAAAGCCUGAGAGGUCGAGCGCUCGGUCUCAGUUCCCUGAGAGGAUCAGCUGACCAGGAACCGGUUUGACAGAUGGCGGCGGGCCCUCACGGACGGAGCUUUGUAAACACACGACAGGUGCUUUCCACUGCGUAUUUUCAGGUUAUCACACCUGAGUGUGACUUAAAAGGACAGCUCUUUUUCCUUUUUUUUUAAUUGGGAACUUACAGGACUGCAAUAAAAAAAGUUUUAAAAAUC